AUGACAAAGGCAGCACGAACUGCGCGGGACUCACUCGAUUUGGUGUUCCACAUGUCGAACCUUCUCGAUGCCGGCCUCGAUCGCCACACGAUUUCGAUUCUCAUGGCUCUCUGUGAAAUGGGCGUCAACCCUGAAUCUCUAGCCGCCGUGGUCAAGGAGCUGCGCCGUGAACCGCCGCAUUCCCCCGAUUCAGGGGCUCCGCCGUCUUAA